AUGAGUACUAUUAGUAGCAAGCUAUCCAAUUUAUCUUUGUACGAUAUCAGAAAGGCUUCUAGAAAGAUUCAGAACUCCUUAUCAAACUAUACCGAAUUGGAGAACCUGAUUAGAAAUGCGACAACCACGGAUCCAUGGGGACCUACAUCAAAGCAAUGUGAAGAGAUCCGAAAUCAUCUAUUGGAAAUAUUGAACACGGCGCAAUUGACUGCCUCAGAUGAGAGGUACGGUAGCUACUACGAUGAGGAUUAUGGCGUGGAGUAUGGUAAUCCCGCAUCAGAUGCAAUAUCUUUUGUCAUUACUAGAAUAGUGGAAUAUUCGAAUCGCUUUUCAAGGGAGGGAUUUGUAGGGAAACUCAAGAAGAAUUACAUCACCAAUGGAAACGAACAUCGGAUUGUAUCUAAAUGUUUGAGUUUGUUGGAGUACUUGGUCAUCAAUUGUUAUCAACCGCCACUAGAUAUUUUGCCACAUGUUGCUAAGCAUGUUGAUUACCUGAAAGAGUUACACAAUGUUUAUCAAUGCGUAUCCUCUAAGGAUGGACACCCCGAUAAACACACAGAGAUUGUACGAGAAAAGGCUGGAAGGGUAGUUCAAUUGAUCAAAGAUAAAAGACUACUCGCCAGGCAUCGCCAACUGCUACAUAAGGCCAAUCAGAAAAUUGUCAAUAGCUCAUCGAGAGGAAACUCAUCUUAUAAUUAUGAUACAGAGAUACUAGGCGAUGAAUCAAACGACUCAGCUACCGAUGGUGAUGAAUUCGGAGAAUACCAACAACCUCCAGUAACGCCAAUAAUGAAUCAACAGGAAACUCCUAUAACUCCAGCCACAGCCACAUUUGUUAAUACCAAACCUGUAGAAAAUAACUUUCAGGAUUUGAUAGAUUUGUUUCCCAGUGACCAAAAUCCAACGACCUCCUUGCAAUCGAAUAUUACCGUUAUUCAGCCACAGGUUCAAGAGAAGAGCCAGGCGGAUAAACAGCAGCCCAAGAAGGAUGUGUUUGAAAGCCUUCUUAAAAGACCGACAAAGAAAUAG